AUGCCCUCGCCACACGAGGCGCUCUACAAGUCGGCUCAGGACUUUACCACGUCUACCUCGAGCCAAACACACCUCGAGGCCCACCGCGAACGCUUCCGCGCGCGCCUCGUGUCCUCGAGCAUUGCAGACGGCAACCCCUUGGCCGUGCCGUAUGAAAAGGACCAGCAGAAGAUCUACUUUCGUAACCUGAAAUUCAAGUAUCUCGAGCAGGAGGCCAAGCGGUCGUUCCUGUUCAGCAUCACGGGCGACGAGCCACAGCGGGUCAUGCCGGGCGAGAAUGAGGAGCUUGAGGCCGAGAACAAGGUCAAAAAGGCAAAGCUAAAGCAUGUCAAGGACGAGAUUGAGGGGAUGCGGUCCGAGGCGAUUGCGCUGGCCAAGACCAACGCAGAGUACCACGCCAAGAACGCCGCUGCCGCGUCCGAGGCGACGCUCCUGUCGCGCCAGAUCAGGGACAUGGAGCUGGAGCUGGCCCGCAUCAAGGCUGCACACCCCGAGGAAACGCGCAUGACCGUCGACGAGGCCAACGACCGCCUGGACGCGCAGACCGAGGAGCUCGAGCGCCUCACCUCCGAGAUUACCGCUGCGGGACCGCGGGGCGACCAGCUGCGGAGCGUGGUGGCGGAGCGGAGCAAGAAGGUCCUCGCGCUCGCGCGCGACAGGGAGGUUCACGAGGCCCGGGCCGAGGAUGUGCGUCGGAGUAGGGAGAAGGGCGGCAGCGGUGUGCGCGUGCACGAGAUGAGCUUGUGGUACGAAUCCACCCUCAAUGCGUACCGCAACCUCAUGGGCAUCCGGUCCGCGCGCGUCGUGUCCCCGUCCCAGCUUGUGCUCGAGUACGACACCACGCUCCCCGGCAGCCCCAACGGUGUGGCCCAGCUCACGCUCCUGUUUGACGCCCAGCAGCGCCUCAUCGACGCCGUGCUCACGGGUGCCGGUGCCGGCGAAGUCGAUGGCGAGGCCGAGCCCGACAUUCGCGAGGCGUGCGCGACCGCCGUGGACCGUAAUGACGCUGCGGGGCUGAUUGCCGACGUCCUCGUUCGCCUCCGGCCCCUGUAG